AUGAAACAAAUCAAACUAAAACUUGCCGAAGGUUCGAAUGAUACGCCUGGACCAGAUGAUAUUUUUUCUAAAGUCAUGGGUAAGGAUCGCAAUGGUGAUGCAAUCAUGUAUGGUUUGGGUGUUCGUGCUUCUGAUGUAUGGGGGGUAAUUCCAAAUCGUUCAGCAUGUCAUAAAGAAAACAUCCAAUUGAAAGCUCGAUGUGAAGAACUUACUAGUGAAGUGGACUGGUUAAAAGCCCAAGCAAAGAUUAAUGGGUCGAUGGAUGGUUCCAGUGAUCCGCCUUUAACCUCGCAUUCCCCUGUUGUGACCAAUGGACCUGCACCUUUACGGGUUGGAAAUGAGGUUUUCCUUAAAAGCAUUCUAAAUCCAACUGAGACUGUAGCAAAAGGAUGGGUGAAGAGCUUGGACCCAAAUGACAUAGUUGGUGGUAUAGAGAUUGGGCAUGGAUGGUGUGAGGUAAACGUUCAAGUUGCAAUAAAAAAAGAUGAAAUGCUGGUCAGACCUUAUGGAUUAUUCUCCACGAUUCAAGAUUCUCUUGGUGCAACUAUUGCAUGGCCUUGCCCGUUCAUCUCGCAACGACCUCAUAUGCCUGUUCACCCGGUUCCAUCACAUAUAUGGUUGAACAUGUUAAACACAGUGUACUUAGAUGUAGUUCGUGAGGAUUGA